AUCCCCACUGCUGGUACAAUGGGAUGUUCAUUAUCAUCAUCAUAUCCAUAUUUGUGUAAUUAUUAUCUCCUCCUUAACGUUUCUCUAUGGUUUGGAUUCAUAUUUGCUGAAACCAACAACUACUCGCUAGUUUUCACACGGUGUCCCAACCAGACAAGCUCCGCCGCAUCGCCGCCAUUGUUACCGUCGCCGCUCCUGUCGUCUCUCUUCCAGGAGCUCGUCGACAAGUCUUCGGAGACCAGCUUCUUCCACACCUACGUCGGCGACGACACAACCGCCAUCUCCGGGAGGUUCCAGUGCCGGCGCGACAUCAGCAACCGCGACUGCCACGCCUGCGUCAACCAGCUCCCCGGAUUCUCCGCCGCUUUCUGCGGCCAGACCGUUCCCGCCAGGGUUCAGCUCUCGGGGUGCUACCUUCACUACGAAGCCGAGGAGCUGAUGGGAGCCGAUCAGACCAGCGCUCCGUUCCAGCUGCUGCACAGCGCGUGCAGCCAAAAGAGAGCCGACGAGCGGAGCCGGCAGUUGCGGUACCAGGUGUUGGCUGAGCUGGAGAGAUGUGUGAUGAACGGUGAGAUUGAGAAUAGGGAGGAAUUGGAACGUGGAUUUUGUAAGCUGAGGUAUGAGUCGAUGCACGGCGUGGCUCAGUGCGCCGGGAACUUGGGACACUGUGAGUGCGGCGAAUGCGUGAACAUGGCGGCUCAAAUGGCUCUGGAUGAAUGUGGCUACUCGGCUUCUGGGGAAAUAUAUAUGGACCGGUGCUUUGUCAGCUACAAAUAUGAUCAUGGAUCUGGAAGCUCGAACGGUAGGUUGGUGGCAAUUGCAGUGGGAGGCAUAGUUGCUAGUGUUAUUGUGGGAGCAAUAUUGGCUUCACGGGGCAAGAAAUAUGACGAUUGGUGAUGGAUUUCUUUUCUUCGAUCAAUUCGUUUGGACUUGCAGGCCAAGGCUGUCUCAAGAUCGUUAAUCAUCUAGAUAAAGAAAAAACAAAAAGUUGGUACUAUUAGAGUGUUAGGAUAAUGAAUUUUAGUUUGUAGCUAGCUAUCAAAUAUCAUUGUUUUGUUAUAUAUUAAAUUGUUUAUUGGUU